AUGUUGGCGUACAUUUUUUUUUGUAUCCUAGUUGCUCUCUCCAGUAACCUCUUGUGCGUUUUUGGCGAUGAUGACCAAUACAUCGAAUGCCCGGAGAGCUGCAACACCACCGAUGAAUGGUGCUCAAGGGUAUUCGGUCAUGGCGGUGCCGUCUCUUCUCGCAACUGCGUUGGCUCGUCGUUUGAAUGCACCUGUAACAACGCUUCGGGUAUUACUGUGACGAGGACAUCGGAGGGAUGCACCUGGGACCGAGAUUUCAAUGAUGUCGACCCAAACGGGAGUUAUUGCUUCCCGUACACGUCGAGGUGCCCGACAAGUUGUGCUGAUAUCAGUCAAUGGACCAUACACUGUGUGGCGGACACCAUAUGUACGACGGAAAAUAAAGGCUUCAACUUCAAUUGCACAACAUGCGCGGGUCGCACAUAUUCCGUUAUAGGAGACAACGAGUCGUGCGAAAAGCAUUACAGCAGUGAGAUUUUGAGUUGUGACCCUCUCACUACAUGCAAUGGGCAUGGAUGCUGUCGCAAACCAGAUACUGCUUUGGAUGCAUGCAUCUGCUUCAGGGACCCUGUCAAUGGGUAUUGGGCGCAGCCGCUCUGCUCCAGCUGCGAUGACGCGUACGACCCAAACAAAGGGGGCUGUACCCACCCGAGGCCGGUCAUUCAACAGAUCCUCUCCUCGAUCGGCAGCACAUGGACGAUGGUGUUACCGAACCUAGCGGUACUUUUCUUGUUUGUCGUGCUUGGGGUGGUUCGUGGGGAGUGCGAGUCUGACAAAAGUUUUCAAUCGACAGCGCUGAGAAAAACAGAACUCUCCGCGGUGCAGGUGGCGCGGCGCCAUCAGCGAGGGUUGUUCCACUCAAAGUACAUUCCCAAGCGACCGGCACAGAGUAGAUGCUUUCUGAAUGAGGUGGAAGGUCGCGCACAACCGCGUGGACCGCCUGCGUACUGA